CACAGCAAUGGCAUUUAAAAUUAUUAUUUUGACCACAUUGGUGGCGAUCGCAAGAGCUGGACUAAUCCCAGCAUCUCCAGUUGCUUAUCAUGCACAACCAGCGGCAUAUGCUUACCACGCACAACCAGCAGCAGUAGCUUACCAUGCACAACCAGCAACAGUUUCUUACCACGCACAGCCAGCAGCAGUAGCUUACCAUGCACAACCAGCAACAGUUGCUUACCACGCACAGCCAGCAGUAGCUUACCAUGCGCAACCAGCCGUUGCUUACCAUGCACAACCAGCUCUAGUUGCCCACAAAGCAAUAAACGCCGAAGAUGAUGCUCACCCACAAUACAGCUUCAAUUACGACGUCCAAGACUCGACAACUGGUGACUUCAAGAGCCAACAUGAAACCCGUGAUGGUGACUCUGUCCACGGCAGCUACUCACUCCUUGAAUCCGACGGAACCCGCAGAACUGUUGACUACACUGCUGAUGAUAUCAACGGAUUCAACGCCGUCGUCCGUAAAGAACCUGCUCAAGUUGCUGUCAAAGCCGUUCAUGCUGCCCCAGUAGUUCAUGCUGCCCCAGUAGUUCAUGCUGCCCCAGUAGUUCAUGCCGCCCCAGUUGUUCAUGCUGCCCCCAUAUACGAACAACCACAACUGUACCACUCUGCCCCUGCUUACGGUUACCAUCAUUAAAUGCCAUUCAUAGAUAAAUAUUAUUUUCAUUAAUUAUUCAUUUUUAGAUGUUAUCAAAAUUUUAAUAAUAAAUAAUUAUAAUUGUAAUAAAUAUUUUAAUAAAUGAAUUUUUAAA